AUGAUUGUCAAGAAGCCUAGCAUCCUCCUCGCCGCUUGCAACACGCUACAGUCCACAUUGUCAUUCCCAUCUUCACAAUCGUCGACGUCAUCAGCCGGCCGACCGAGAGGCACACGACCACCGAAACGUCUGUCAGAACGAGGCCGCGGAUAUGCCACAAUAGCUGGCGAUGCGAGAGAAUCUAAUGGACAGUCAGACAGCCGGGACUCCGAGCAUGAAUGGCCGCAGGCGCCCAGCGGACAGCCUUGUCCAACUCCAUACCAGAUCUUUGAUUUGAAACAGAACGGGACCUAUUCAAAAGCGCGGUACUACAAACUGGUCAAACUUUAUCACCCUGAUAUAAGAAGCGGCACAAACAAUGGUCUCUCGGAGAAUGUCAGGAUGGAGCGCUAUCGAAUGAUUGUGGCAGCCCACCACAUCCUCUCUGACCCGGUCAAGCGAGGUGCGUACGAUCGUUUUGGAGCUGGAUGGAACGGCAAAGCAGAAGUUGGCCAAGCAGAUACAUGGUCCCGUUCUGCUGGCCAGGCUGGCCCUUUCAGUCAGAGCUGGAGUGAUCCUAGCGAUCCGGUCUGGCAGAAUGCCACAUGGGAAGAUUGGGAACGUUGGAGAGCGAGGAGAGACGGGACGAACGAAAAGCCUUCGCCCGUGUACAUGUCGAACUCAUACUUCCUCGCUAUGAUCAUGGUACUAGCCGCUAUAGGAAGUUCGAUGAACUACAAUAGAGCGCAAGAUGCGGGCACGUAUUUCGUCGAGCAAAGAGAUCUUGUGCAUGAUAGGGCAGCGAAAGAGCUCCGGCGGGUCCGGCAGGAAGCAUCUACAUUGAACUCAAGACAGGAUCGGAUAGAAUAUUUCAUUCGACAGAGAGAAGCGACCAUGGGACCCGGCGACUAUGGAGCCAUACGGGACGAGAGGGCUAACCGGGUACUUCGCGAUAUUGAGACAUGCGGCAGCGAGCAGAUCCGCGAAAGUCAGCAAGAGGGCUGA